UGUCAGCGCUUCUGAUAAUUGGGAACGUCGUUUUGGAUUGGCUUUAAUAUGCUGACAUCGAGGACCCAAUCAUUGAUAUCAAGGACAAACUUUCUUAUAUCAUUAACGCACCUGCUUCGUCUGGAGCAACGAGUACCAGUGGUCCAUUACCCCAAAACGCAUCAUACUGCACGGACGACUCGGUAAAAGAUGAACUGACUAAAAAGUUCAUGUACUUUACUAUUGCUGGCUCCGUUCUCUCCGCCUUUCAACUAGCCAAGAUAAUUUAUCAGAUAGUUUUAAAUCACAAGCGUGACCCAGCAGCGACAAUACCAGACAAAAUUGAUGGCAAAGUCGAGGUCUUCUUCACAACAUUGUUUGUGGAGAUUCCACAAAACUACCUACUCCUGAAGUACGAUAACAUCAUAUGUUUUAACUGUGAGAUAGAGUGGAAUGGAAAGAAAAUUAAGCGCUUUUUAAACGGCCUUAGCUCUGAAUUAGCCAGUGUUUGGCGCUAUAUCACCAGUAGCAAAUGUUGCGAUGGAAGUGGCGGAGUUGUCAAACGUAAAGUACAACGCAGCAAACGAAGUGAUUGCUGUUGCUGUAGUUGCUGUUCUGGUUGCUGUAGACUAUGUGGAGCACUUUGCACAAGAAUGUUUUGGUCCUGCGUGGAAGUUUGUUUUCCAUGUGUCAUUCUCUGCCAUGGGUACGAGGGAUGUCACUAUUUGACAUGCAGCUACUUAACGUAUAACAGCGGCUUCUUCUGGUGGAAUUGCUGUCCAUGUGCCUGCAGCUACUCCUGUUGUGAGGGCCUAAAGU